CAUGUGCAACGUCUCUUGUGCGGUUAUUGGCAAGACGCCGAUUCGCUACUACCAGGAGCCUGCCGUACAGUCGGUGCACUCGGUGGGCACCUUUAUCAGCCCUCGAAGGCCCUUACAGGAGAGAUCCGGCUGUCCGAGAGAAGACAACGGCAUAUUAGGAACCUCUUCUGGGUUUGCUACAUGUCGGAUAAAGACUUGUCCCUACGGACAGGACAACCUCCACUACUUGCUGACAUCUACUGUGAUCUCACCGUCCCAGAAAAUUACCUGAGCUCUUACACCUAUCUACGUGGUCUUAAUGAGUAUCUCCACCAUUCAGAUGCAUCAAGUGAUGAGGCUCUCACACCGCACUUCUCGGGAGACGCUCAAUUAGGGUAUCUCAAAGAGAAAGUAUAUCGGCUACUUUACUCGGCACAAGCCCUGAGGAACAAAGACAAUCGACUCUUGAUUUCAAUCCGGGAACUAGAUGACGAGAUUGAAUGCUGGCGUCUGUCAGUUCCGGUGGACUUUCGGCCAGCUCUCUCAGUCUCGUCAAAUACUCUUCUAAUAACGCCGGAAACAAAACCACCUCAUGCACGACGAUAUUUUCACCUUCUUCUAGAGUAUUGGUACCUGAUGAUCUACGUCCAUACCACAGUCAGACGAUAUGAUGCACAUACGAUAAUUGGCGACGGGGGCCAAGAUCUUCACAGGGUCAUUCACUCAAGCUAUGACUUAUCGAUGGAAGCCGGCAGAUCGACGCUUCGAUGCCUGCGAGUGUGUAUGAAUACCUUCUCCAAUGAAGGCUUCUGGCUGCUGAUGUUUUACGCCACCAAUGCAGCCAUUGCUCUGUUUCUCAAUAUGAUCAUACACCCAGAAGAUGCAGACGGCCAGCUCGAUCUCGAGCUUCUAAUUUCGGCCGCUAACGCAAUCCGUGUAUCAAUCCCGCGGGCCUCAACACGUGAAGAAAGUGCGCGCAUUCAGAGAACGUCCGACUUCAUGAUGUGGCUCAUGUGGCUCGGUUCAUGUGCCAUCACCAAGUCGCAGGAAGAGGGAUUACAACACGAACUGUGA